GUCGCGCAGUUCUUUGUCGUCAUACAGCGCCCUUUAUCCGCACUUCCGCCCACUCGCCAAUUCUUUUCCUUUCGGCGGCGCGUGGCGGCAAGAUGGCGGUGCAGAUAUCCAAGAAGAGGAAGUUUGUUGCUGACGGCAUAUUCAAAGCUGAACUGAAUGAGUUUCUCACUCGGGAGCUGGCUGAAGAUGGGUACUCCGGAGUUGAGGUCCGAGUUACACCAACCAGGACAGAAAUCAUUAUCUUGGCCACCAGGACACAGAAUGUUCUUGGUGAGAAGGGCCGGCGGAUCCGGGAAUUGACUGCUGUGGUUCAGAAGAGAUUUGGCUUCCCUGAGGGCAGUGUAGAGCUUUAUGCUGAAAAGGUGGCCACAAGAGGUCUGUGUGCCAUUGCCCAGGCAGAGUCUCUGCGUUACAAACUCCUAGGAGGCCUUGCUGUGCGGAGGGCCUGCUAUGGUGUGCUGCGGUUCAUCAUGGAGAGUGGGGCCAAAGGCUGCGAGGUCGUGGUGUCGGGGAAACUCCGAGGACAGAGGGCUAAAUCCAUGAAGUUUGUGGAUGGCCUGAUGAUCCACAGUGGGGACCCUGUUAACUACUAUGUUGAUACUGCCGUGCGCCACGUGCUGCUCAGACAGGGUGUGCUGGGCAUCAAGGUAAAGAUCAUGCUGCCUUGGGACCCAACUGGUAAGAUUGGCCCUAAGAAGCCCCUGCCUGAUCACGUGAGCAUUGUGGAACCCAAAGAUGAAAUACUGCCCACCACUCCCAUCUCCGAACAGAAGGGUGGGAAGCCAGAGCCACCUGCCAUGCCUCAGCCGGUACCCACAGCAUAAUAGGGUCUCCUUGGCCGCUGGAUCUGGAGUCUGGAUGUUGCUCUAUAAAGACCUUUAAUAAAAUCUUUUUAAAAGAC